AGCGUGAAACUUCUUUCGUUUUGUUCAGUCUCCCUCUCUGUGAAGAAAGAAAAGAAUAAAACACCCAGAAAAGUAGAAUUUCCGCUGUUGUUUCAAAACCCUAAUUUAUCUUAAUAAAAACCUUAUAGAAAUCCAUAAAAAUGGAAGGGAAAUGGAUAAAUAGAGGAGAUUUAUGGAAAGAUAAAGCACGAGCACUUCAGUUAAGAAUUCGAGAUCGAUUUAGAGUUACUGUUGAUAAACAUCGUCGUAAUAUACCUAGAUUUUCAUCAUCAUCAGAUGGUACUACUAUUAAUUAUUCAUCAAAUGUGCAUCGUUGGAUGGUGUCUUUUCGUGGUCUUCGGAGAGAAUCAUUAUCUCCCUCUUCUGUGUUCUAUCGCAAGAGAGUGGAUAAGGAUGUUGAUGCAUUGGAGGACUCUAAGAUUAUGCAGAUGCUUCAAUCUGUUGCUGUUCCCAUGAUUGGAAAUGUUUGUCACUUCUUUAUGCACGGGCUCAAUCACGUUCAGAUAUAUGGUGCAGAAAAAUUACAGAAGGCCGUUUUACAAAGACAACAAGGAAAAUCUCUUAUUACAGUAAGCAAUCAUGUGGCCUCUGUGGACGAUCCUUUUGUUAUUUCUGCACUCUUACCACCAAGUGUGCUGUUUGAUGCACACGGCUUGAGAUGGACCCUUUGUGCUAGUGACCGAUGUUUCAAAAAUCCAGUGACAUCAGCAUUCUUCCGAAGUGUCAAAGUAUUACCUGUUUCUCGUGGUGAAGGGUUAUAUCAGAAGGGUAUGGACAUGGCAAUAAAGAAACUUAACAAUGGAGGGUGGGUUCAUAUCUUUCCAGAAGGUAGUCGUUCUCGGGAUGGUGGAAAAACCAUAGGCUCUGCCAAGAGAGGGGUUGGCAGGCUGGUUAUGGAUGCGGACAAUACUCCCAUAGUUGUACCCUUUGUUCACUCAGGAAUGCAAGAAAUCAUGCCUAUAGGAGCCAACUUCCCAAGGGUUGGCAAGACUGUAACAGUAAUUAUUGGCGAUCCAAUUAGUUUUGAAGAUUUGCUCAUUAAAGGUAAUAACCAGUAUGCAUCAAGAGGUGCACUUUAUGAUGCUAUCUCCUCAAGGAUUAGUCAGAGGCUGCAUGAGCUAAAAGUCCAAGUCGACAAAUUAGCCCUUGAACAAUCACUACAGCUCCAACUUAACACCCCACGAAACUCUGAACGUGCUGCUGGAAUCUUGCAGCAGUUAGAUUGGGAAGCAUUUGGAAUGCAGAGUUACAUAGUUGGGGAAGAUAACCCCAAUUGUAUGACGAUGACGGCCCAAAAUCAACAUGGUGACAUCCUUGAUCAGACACAGGGACAGGGAGCGUCUUCAUCAGAGCGAAAACGUAACAUGGACUUCUUUUGGGAAGGUGGAAUGAUGAGUAGGAUUCGAGAAUUCAUGGACACUGACUUGGUGGGAUUUGCUGCUAGAGGAUUGUUUGAGAAUGUUAGGACCAAUGUUAUUAGGACCAGAUUUAUGGUAGAACCACAAUUUUGUAAAUACGGUGUGUCCAAUGUUUGAUAUGGUUGAGUAGGAAUUAGUUAUUUCUAAUUAGUACAAUGAUGUCUAGGUUUCUGUAUCUUGGAUAGUUAUAGUUAUAUCCCAAAAACCAGACUAUCAUGGUAUCCUUGUCCCUGCUAAGUAAGUUAAUCAAGAAAAUGAUAUUAAUUAAAGAGAAACUGUUGGUUAAAUUUAUGCCUGUAUCAAUAAAUAUGUGUGCUCUCUCAUCUGAUAAA